AUCGCCGCGCGCUCUGUGCAGCAGCCCGGCCUUCGAAGGCUCUGCGAGGCUCACCAGGGCCGCAGCACCCGGGAGGCUGCCGUCUGCAGCUGGGCCCACGCAGCCUGGCACCCCCUGCGGGGAGACUGCUCCCUGGGAUUCCUGGUGCCCUCUCUGGCCUCCCCCACUCCUCCUCCUCCUCCUCCUCUCCCUCCUUCUUUCCUCUCCCCUCCUCCUCUUCCUCCUCCUUGCUGGGGGAGAGGAGCAGCUAACGCUCUCUCUCUCCCACUAACGCUUGUGUUCCGCGUGUUUGUGAGCUCAGGCAUAAGCCGGGAGCCCCAGACCGGUUCUUGAGAUGCAGCUAGAGGCUCGUGUGGGUCAGGCUGUGGAGAGAGGAUCCCCGGAAUGAGUGGCCAGAGGCAGGGGCUGCGCCCUCAGCGGCCCCCUGGGAGGCUGGCUAGAGGAUCUCUGCACCUAUGGAGACCUGUGCAACAACCGGCUUGCAGUUCACUGUGAGAGGGCUCAUUGCCGUCGCCUUCCUGCAGCCCACUGUGCUCUGGGGAGCUGGUAACCGGGAAAUGAGGCCUCCUCCUCUGGGCUGUGAGCAGGUGGGUGAGGCUGCGGUGGGUGGGCCUGCGGACGGAGAUGCACCCGGAGGCUGACUGGCAGGCAGCGCAGGGUUAUUUUUCUUCCUGGUUCCCCACCCUUCUUUUUUUCCUCUAAUCUAUAGUAGGCAAAGAAAUCCUCCUCGGCAUUUUCAAGGUGAUUAUUUUUGAAAAGAUUCCAAGAGAUGAGCUAUGUGCUGUCUCAGCUCUUUGGUGCUAUUGAUUCUCCAAAGCCUUGCAAGGAAUAAUUCUUUACCAGGGGCCCACGGUGCUGAGGACGCUGGGGAGCCCAGCCUUGCUGUUUUUCAAGGGAAGCACAUGCAAGGCAGCAAAUACUGGACCACCUGGAGACUAGUUGUUAGUUUUGCACCCAAACUUCAUGCUCCAUCCCCAGCAUUGGAUAGUACUGGAUCUAAACUUGCUUUAGAAAACCCCACCCUGAGCCUCAGUACCCGACACCGGGUGAGGUUGACCAGUAGCCCAGACCCACAGCCCUCAGCAUGCACUUUGUAAUGACAAUGCUGGAUUCAGACAGGGGCCUGACACUCAUGUCAGACCAACGAAGGUCGUGUUUAAUAUCACACUAUUGAAGAAGAGAGAAAAUAUUGCUCUUUAAUUUGCAAGUAGAAGUGACACACUGAAUUUUAAAAAUUAAUCUUAGAGAGGAAGUCUGUGAAAAUGGAAUUAUGCUAUAGGAUUUGGGGGAUUAAAGAGAAGGACAGAUCUAAGUGAUUGAUGCCAGCUGAGCUCCUGGUUCCAGCUGUCCCUGUGCUGGUUUCUAUGCCUGAAUUUUUUCAUCAUAUGAAGCAAUAAGAUCCCUUUGCACUGCAGUAAGUUCAUAAUGUUUUUACUGCCACAGGAAAACAUGGCUUUCUACUGGGGCAAUGUUGCCAUCAGGGGACAUUUGACAGUGUCUGGAGAUAAUUUUGGUUGUUCCCAUGGGAAAGAAGCUUAUUGGUAUCUGAUGGGCCAAUCUCAGGAAAUCUGCUAAAUGUCUUAAAAUGCAAGUAUAACUACCCACAACGAAUAAUUAUCUGGCCUCAAAAGUCCACUGCUGAUGCCGACAGACAAACAUCAUCAAGGAGACCAUAAACAGGCUGUCUCUCUCACAACCUCUGCAUGAAACACUUCCUCUUAUCAUGGAUGAAAUCUUGGUUGAGCUAUCUUUGGGGCGGGGUGGGCUGGUGAUUCAAAAGAAGCCAGCCAGCCAGUCCUGACAUUAGCUCCAAUAGCUCUGGUUUUCAUAUGGAAAUGACCAGUACUUUCAGUCCAGACAAAGCCCCUAGAUUUUCUGUCUCUGCUCUAGUGGUGUCAUGUCAAUAUUUAGGAGUAGGAAUUGUGCAGGUUCUUAGGCUCCACCCACCACUCCUUUAGUGCUUUUAUCUCUAUGUCAGGUAGCCACUUCUGUUUCUCCAUAAGGAGAAGCAAGUGGAAGACUGGUCCUCACAGAAUCCCCAGCUGGAUAAGUGAUCUAAAGGUACAUGUGAUCACAAUUGGAAAUUCUACUAGGAGAUUCUGUAGACUUUUCAGCCUUGAUUCAUGGGGUCUUGUUUCUGGUGCUCACUUCCCGUGUCUGUCUUCUUCUGAAACAGACAUCUUCGAAUCUGGUAAACUCAUCGUUGGUGUACUACAAGUGGCUGCAGUGAUGUUUUUGACUAGGAGGGACUUGGUGGUAUGUGAUGUGAGCAAGAAGGUCUGGGAAGUGGUGAAGUGCUUAAACUCAAACUGGACUGGAGCCCUUUCCAGUCCCAGACUCUCUUGCUCACCUCUUCGUAAUGUGGUGUUUCUUCCACUUCUGUAUCACUGUGACCCGACCCUUGUUCAGAAAUUAAUCUCAGAACCCUGUCACCAUCAAGCAAAUUCUGUACUGUUUGGAAUUGGUGUUUGGAUCCAAAGGGAGGCUUGCCACGUGCGUGGGUGUGCACGAAUGUGUGCGUGUGUGCAUGUCUCCCAUCAUCCAUCAACACUGCUUCACUUUUUAACGUCCACAACAAUAGCUUUUUGUCUUGUGCAACAUUCUGCGUGUCGGUGCGGCUUCAGUCACCAGUGGCUCCACUCCCAUCGGUGGCCAAGCCGUGCCUCCUCGUUUGCAGGGAUUCCAGAGCUUGCCCUUCUCGGCUUUCCUCUCCACGGGUCUUCUCCUUUGCUUACCCGUGGAACGUGGAGCAGAGAGGUGGAUGCUCGACUUUCUGAUCCCACGCGUGGAGGAGUAGGGAGGAAGGACAGGGAUCAGAUGCUUUGUCAUCUUGCUAAUUUUCCUACAGAAUAUCUGAAAUCAAUCAUCCUCCCACCAGAGAGUGCUUUUCUGAUUUACAGAUGAUUUAUAGAAACUGAAGAAAGAAAUAGUGAUUACCUCCCUAAGGCACGGUGCUGAUAAAUGACAAACUCUAGGCUCCAAUCCAGUUGAAUCUCUCUCCAGUGACUGCUUUCAUAACUGCUAUGCUAAAGUACCUUCUUGGGAGUGUUGGGUUUUGUUCAGAGUUGACCUUCCCAAUUACAUAGUGAGCAGGUUUUCUCCACACUUAUAAGUCUCAUUAUAAUUAUUGAGGAAGAGACUGAAUGAAAUGAAGUCAACACCACCAAGCACUGCAUCUUCUCUCUGGGUGACUGAUUUAUGAAAUGAGCGAUGCUUGGUAGUGUGCAAUCAGGAAGCAACUUCAAAUUCUGUCAGAUCUACCCCUCAGUUUUCACUCUAUGGAUUUACUAUCAUGCCAUAUUGUUGAUAUAUUGUCACAAAACAAAUCACCCCCAAAGUUUAAGAGCUUACAAUUAUAACUUUUUUACAUCCCAGAGUUUCUGAACGUCCAGAUCUGAGGAUGACUUAGCUGGUGGCUCUGGUUCCAGGACCGGAACAGGGCUGCAGUCACCAUGUCAGCCAGGCAGGCAGUUGUCUGAAGACUUGGAUGGGGCUGGCCUCUCGCUUCCAAGCAGAGAGACCUCCUGUCACAGAGGACCAUCUUUCUGAGGAGCCCUAUAGACUCUGGAAAUGUGGUCCAAUCACACACAUUUAUUAUUGAUACAUCACUUAGCCCUCUGGCCUGGAAGUGCUUUGCCUGACAAAACCCUAUUACCUCACCUGUUAUAUUUACUUCUCAGAAGAAAAUAACUUUGCAAGUUGUCCUGAAAAAACAGUCACAGAUUCAAAAUUCUGCCAAUGCCUUGGAAAUUUAUUUCCACCAUCCCUCUGAGAUAUGGGGAUAGAUAUUUGAUUUAUGGAUAGAAAUGUGUGUGUUUCUUUCUGUAUUAAAAUGCCUUAGUGUUCUCUUUGAGGGCUUUUAUAGCACUUUGUCACAGUAACAGGUGUGGAGUGGAUGCUUUGCUCACACAUUAACUUGUGUAGAUGAAUGGACAGGUGAAUAAAGAGAUGGAACAUUGGAGAACUAAAGGCUGAAAUGUUCUUAGCAAACUCAUUUGACAAAAUCACACACUCCCUUCCUAGAGAGCCAGUCUUGUCCUCUCCCUAACCCUGCUCUAUGAAACUGCCCAACUAGUUAUGGAUGAUUACAGCAUGAUGACCAGCUGCUUCACUGUGGGCCAAACAGAAUCAAAUUUAGUGACUGACCAAGUAUCUGGUGGCCCUCUGUCCAGCAGUGCUGAUGUUGCUGGUUUACAGAGAGAAGCACAAAGGAUGGACACAAGGAACAGCUGAGACAUUAUCCCCAGCUCACUCUGCUUGCUUUUCUUCCCACCAUGUAGCACACCAUAAGAUUUGCCUAUUUGUGUUUCUAUUUUACUUGUGCAUUAUAGGAAUUCCUCAGUAGAACUCACCAUGUGACAACAGGACCUCCUCCAUCUGGGUCAUUCCUCUCUUCCCAGCACUGUAGAAUGGUGCUUGUACACUGGAGGGCUUUUUAAUAAAUGAGAUAUCAUAAGUGCUCCCACUCACGUCUACUGUCUCGAAGAGACUUCUUUUAUACCAUAAGAGUGCCAACACCUGGGAACCCAAGCUGUGUGUGACAUCAUCUCACGCAUUGGUGAGAUCUGUCCCAGGAUGACUGCCCACUUACUUUCCCACCAAUAGAACCCUAUAACAAGGAUCUUACUCAUCUCUUCCCAGACCUGGCUUGUAGUGUGUGUUCAACCUGUUCAUUUUCAACCCACUCAAACUGAUAAGUUUUAUGUUAAUCCACAGCUAUAGACCACAGGCAAAUGUCCCCACAUUUUCUUUAUUCUUUUGGCUUCAAAUCCUGUGUCACUUGUAUUCUUCAGGUAGUUCUGCCAAUGACGGUGCUGAGGAUACUUAACUUCUCUUGGCCUGAAGCCUCUUUAAGGCUAUAGUCAAGAAUUAAGUAUCACGUAGUGUGUGAGUGCAGUGCUGGCCUGUUUAAUGCUGAAAAUCUGGGGGAGUCUUAGGGAGAUACAUCUAAGCACAUGACCCAUCUGGGAUGGAAGUGAAAACUCCUUCCUUGGAAAGGACUUCCAGAAACCCAAAGCCCUCAGAGUCCUGUGCUGGGGAAGUGGCAGGAAGUUUGCCCCCUGACUCAUCUGUGUGGUGCAUUUGGUGCUAUCGAUCUCAUAUUGGCAGGAAGAGGCCCACACACCUCAGGAGUGAGGUGUGGGAUGCAUUGUUCAGUUCUGAGGUGCUGAGCAUGUGGGGGCUGUGUGUGCUGCACAGCAGGCUCAGAUGAGUCAUAUGGCUGUGAGGAAUGCUCCUUUGAGUUUGCUGCCUGGCUUUGCAGCCUUCGUCCUCUCCUGACCAUCUUUCCAAGAGCUCAGACUCACAGCAGCAGCUGAUCAUGUCCAGGCUUCCAAGGACCAAGACAGUUAGUCAAAGCUCAAAGACCACCAGAGAUAUAGUAUGGUGUUCAUGCUGUCACCUUUUCAGGCAAAAAAAGAAAAAAAGAAAAAGAAAAAAGUGCCACAGAAAAGUGAGCUUCUGGAACGAAAUGGACUUGAGCUAGAAACUCAGCUUCAUUUCCCAGCUGUGGGACUGUGGACGAGAUCCUUAACUUCCCUUUGAACACUGAUGUUUCUGUGUCAAAGCAUGAGAGGGCUGUGGGGGCCACUGAGUGAGUCAGCUUCCAUAGAAUUCUUUACAGUGCUGCUUCAGGUGUGGCAAGCAUCCCCAUUCUUCCCUGACUCCCUGAUUUCCUUAUUAGUAAUAAGAACAAUGCUCAUUUAAUCUCCAUGAGCACUGUGCUCACUACUUGUUUAGAAUACACAGGGCCAAUUGCCUUCCUAUGUGAGUUCUUCUCUAUCAGUAGUUUCCUAAAUUCUGUGCCUGGGCUGACUGCUGUUUCUUAGCCUCUCUUGAUGCUAAGCCAAGCUAUGAGGCAGUGUUUGAUCUGCAGAUUUAGAUUCCAAAGUCUUCUAGGGGGCCCUGGAGAAGCUCUGCACUUUGGCCCUGGUUACAUCUUCCUGUUUUCUGACCUAGGGCAGAGCUGCCUUCCGGCCUCUGUCAGGUGACCUCAUGACAGUUGCCCAGGUGCUGGACAGCGGCUCUUCCAACCCUGCCACACCCACCUCUGGACUUGGGUUUAUGGAGGCAAUUUUCUGCAUUUCGUUGGGUUUUAUGCAAUGCAGUCAGAUUUGAUCUUUUAUUUACAAGUUUUUGACAUUAUCAUUACACUAACAAUGUUGAGAUUUACAAAGUGAAGAACCUGCCCAGAAUAAAAUCUUAUGCAUCUAAUAAAUGAAGCAUAGAUUUGAAUCCAUGCCUUAAAUAGUAAAAUAUAAAAUUGAGACAAUAUUCCAAAAUCCUUCCCCAAUCUUCGGCCUGCCCUGUCUGUUCCAGAAGUUUGUUCUGAUUUCUUACUCCUUUGUAAAAUCCUCUUGAUAUUUUCCCAGACAGUAACUUUUGGAAAUAUCUGCAGUCCAGUGUUAAUCUUGGCAUCAAGUAGCUAUAUGAUCUUGGCACACUUAUUUAACUUCUCUAAGUAAUUAACAAAUGCCAUAGCUUAAAUCUUGGCACAGUGACUCAUGUCUAUGAUUCCAGGAGUCCUGAGGCAGGAGGAUUGAAAAUUUGAGGCCAGUCUGGUCAAUUUAGUAAGACUCUGUCUCAAGAAAAAUAAAAAAUAAUUGUGCACGUAGCAAAGUCAUAAUUAUUCAAAUAAGUAAUCUCAAUAAUCUCUAAACUUUUAUUUGUAGUUGACUAUUUAUCUGGAAGGGCAGUUUAGC